AUGAUUUCGUUGCUGAAUCGAUGGAAGCGUUCUCCAGGAGGUCCAACUGAUGCUAGCUGCUUCAUGCGAGUCCUGGAAUCAUCGUCCAGUCCAGUCAAUGACAAAGUCGCGAUUUUGCACGCUUUCAACGAUUGGAAUGUUCUCGUAACUACUUGGUUCGAAGUAGCUGACGUAUUACCAUCAAUCGAGCAAUGUCUUGAAGACGGUGAUUUCCCAGAUCCGGGUGCUGCAGCUCUUCUUGUCUCGAAGGUAUAUUAUUGCCUUGAGAGAUAUGAUCGAGCUCUUGACUUUGCUCUUCGUGGAAACUUUAACGUUGUUCCAGCGCCAAAGACUGGUCUCGGAAAUGACAGCGAGUAUGUUAACAAGAUUAUUGAAGUUGCGAUUGACAAUUACAAAUCGAUGCGAAUCUCCGGAAAAGCUGACAAGAUUUCACCUAAACUCGAAGCUCUUAUCGACAAAAUUGUUGAUAGAAAUUUGUCAAAGAAAGAAAUUUGGUAUGUCAUCGCUCUCGGUUUUGAAACAAAGAACCUUGAUAUGAUUCAAAAAGCAAUCAAUACGAUGCCGAAUGAGUUGUCUCGUCGCAAUCAGACAUGCCUUCUUGAAACUUUGAACCGUGUCGUCAAUGACGGUUUCGAUCGUCAUUUCCGUCAUAAGGUCAUCGAAAUGGUCGUUAAGACUUACCUUAAGUGCCCGUCGCCGGACUUGUCGAAGAUUUGCGAGUGCUAUGUGUUUACUGACAAUUCGGACGCUGCUGCUGAUACGAUUCUCGAUCUUCUUAAUCAAGGGAAACACAGCCUUGCUUAUCAGAUUGCUUUUGAUCUGUAUGAAAAUGCGAGUCAGAGAUUCCUGGACCGCGUUUUACACAAGUUUGGGUUACUUGAGAAGUCUCCGGAUCCGAUUCCAAUGGAACGUGUUCACUCCAUUCUCAAUGGACACGAAACCAUCAAAGCUUAUUUGGAUUUCUUUGUUCGUCACAAUCAUACCGACUCGAUUUUGCUUGAGGAAAUUCGCGAGAGUAUUCGCACGGCUUCUGGUCACAAUGCGUUGCUCAUUUCGAAUGGUCUUAUGCAGUACGGAACUACAUGCGAUGAUUUUCUUCGUAACAAUUUGAACUGGGUCAGCAAAGCUACAAACUGGAACAAAUUUAAUGCUGUUGCCUCUCUUGGUGUUAUCCACCAUGGACAAGAAUCACAGGCAUUGAAGGUUCUUGAUCCAUAUUUGCCACGUGAUGGAAGCAUCGAAGGAUUCGGAUUCAAAGAAGGAGGAGCUAUGUUUGCAUAUGGUUUGAUCCAUGCUCGCCACGGAGAUGCGACUGCUAUGAGCACAUUGGCUCAAUGGUUGAAGAGUGCCGAGGCGGAGCCAGUUCGACAUGGAUCGUGUCUUGGAUAUGGUGUUGCUGGAUUGGGAUCAUCAUCGUCGAGUGCAUAUGAGAAAAUUCGAGAGGUUCUUCAACGAGAUGAAGCUGUCUCUGGAGAGUCUGCUGGAAUUGCGAUGGGACUUAUCAUGGCUGGAAAUUUGAACGAAGCCGUGUUCACCGAACUCAAACAAUAUUCGAUCGACACACAACACGAUAAAACUCAACGAGGAAUUCGAACUGGUCUUGCAUGCGCAGCAUUUGGACUCCAACGCGAAGCUGAACCAUGGAUUGAAUCUGCAAUUACGAACAAGAGCAAUCCAAUGUUAAGAUCUACUGGCGUUUGUAUGCUUUCAAUGGCCUAUGCUGGAACUGGAGAUGCCGAUGUCGUGAGAAGACUCUUGGAAAAAGUUGCCACUGAUCCAAACUAUGAUGUCAAACGUUACGCUACAAUGGGAAUUGGAUUUGUUCUCAGCAAGGAUCCAACAACUUGCCUUCUUUAUAUUUCCAUGCUCACUGAGCAUUUCAACGGACAUGUUCGUUACGGAGCUGCAUUGGCUCUUGGUAUUGCAUGUGCUUCAUCUGGAAACUUGGAAGCCAUUGCUCUUUUGGAGCCAAUGAUUUCCGAUAAAGAGGGAUUUGUCCGCAAUGGAGCACUUAUGGCGUUGUCGUUGAUUAUGUGCCAACAAACCGACUAUACUUGUCACAAGGUCCCCGGAUUCAGAAAGCAACUUUUGAAGAAGAUUACUGAAAAGAACGAGGACAGUUUGGUGAAGUUCGGUGCUAUUAUCUCACAAGGUAUUUUGGAUAUCGGUGGCCAAAAUGCUGCGAUUUUGAUGCACAAUAGCGACGGACAAGUUGAUAUGGCCAGCAUGGUUGGAAUGAUGUGCUUCUUGCACGGAUGGUUCUGGCAUACUAUGCAUUUCUUCAUUUCUCUUGCUGCCAAACCAAGCUGUUUGGUUUUGGUUAACGAAAACUUGAAGAUUCCGGCAACCGAAUUCACCUGCAUGGCGAACAGCAUGCGAUUCGCGUACCCGCCAAAGACUGAAUCCAAAAAGGACAAGGAUGUUAAGAAGAUUGAGACCGUUGUCUUAUCGAUCACUGGAAAGAAGAAUGCGGCGAAGAAGGCGGCAGCUGCUAUUGAAGCUGAGAAGAAGCGCAACAGAACUGCUUCGAAUACGAAUGAGGAAGAAAAGAUGGAAGUUGACAAGCCGAAAAAGGUGAUCGACACGAAGCCAACCCACAAACUUAAUAAUCCAUGCCGUGUGAUCCCAUCUCAACGGGAAUAUAUGACUUUGACCGAUCCGGAAUCCUACAAACCCGUCAAACCUCUUGCUAAAGGAGGAAUUAUUGUAGCUGAUUACAAGAAUACAUCAAAGCCGGAAGAAAUCGUUGCGGAGGUUGUAUCGAAAACACAUGCCGCUUCAACGAAUGCACCGGACCCGAAACCCCAUUCAACAUUUGAAAUCAACAUCAAUGAUUAUUAG